CACCUUUCUACAAGUACAACAUGCAUUCUGUCGAAAUCUCCACCUCACUUUGAAUUUCAUGUCGCCAUUGCGUUCCCACUGAGAAUCUCCCGCUAGUUCAAGAGUAUUUUGUGGUAUAUGCGAAUUUUGACUUCCACUUCCUGCACUUCUGUCCGCUUUUUCUUUCUUUUUUUUUUUUUUUGGUUCAAUGUCUUAUGCUUAUGUCUUGCCAUGCUUGAUGCUGUCAUGUCUGCUUUCUUUCCCAUUCCGGGUUUUACCUCGGCUUCCGUGCUGGGCGGUUCUUUGAUCUUCCCCACCACAUUCUCUAUGUCAAUAUCGUUGGUCCAGUAUAUACGUCUUUCUUAUUAGUAUUUUCAUUUGACCGGGUCUUACGGGCGCGUGACUUCAAGUUUUUUUCCAUCUCUGUCACUCAUUAAC